AUGUCUACCGCUCCCUUCUUCUUCAAGGAGCCCUUCCGCUACCUCCGUUGGGCCUCCAUCAACAAGCCCGCCUACUUCUACUCCAUCUGCAUUGGCCUCGCUGGCCCCGGAAUCAUCGCUGUGGCUGUGCCGACCAGGAAGUACCUGGGCUACGAGAGGAUCGCAAAGGUGCCGCAGACAUAUCCGAUACCCAAGGGACCGAGACCGCGGCCGAGUGGGUUCGAGGAUGAGUAA